UUGGGUAAUUGUUUCUAGGUUUAAUUAAAUCAAAUAUUUCUAAUGUAAGGAACUAUUUUAAAAAAAUCUAAAGAGAUGUGUUAAAACUAACAGCGAGAAUAUUGGAAACAUAUUAAAAUACAGAAAAAAUAAAAUCUAUUCAGGUUUCAAAAGAUGCAAGGGACUUGCAUGCUGCUUUUUUUAGUUGUUUUUACAAUAAAUUGCGUAGGGCGGACUGAAGCACAGACAGAAGAUGUAUGUGAUGUUCCAAUUGAUUUGGUGUUUGCACUUGAUGCAUCUCAAAGCAUAAAGAAAGAUGGUUUUAGUAAAAUUAAAGAGUUUUCAAAAACAAUUAUUAAUAACUUUAAAAUUGAUGAAUUUCACACUCAUGUUGGUGCCUUGGUAUUUAGUGAAAUCGCAGAAGUUCAGUUUCGACUUGAUGAAUUAUUUGAAAAACAAGAUAUUUUUGACAGAAUUGAUAAAAUUCCUUAUCCUGGGUAUCGUACAGCAACUGAUGAUGCUCUACGUGUUGCAAAUAAGUAUAUGUUUUCACUAUCUGGUGGUGCAAGACAAGGGGUGCCACAAGUUUUAAUAUUAGUAAAUGAUGGACGAUGUACAGUGUGCAGUGAAAAUGUUUCAUCUGCUUCUGCUCCAUUAAAAGAAAAAGGAGUUUCAAUAUUUUGUGUGGGUAUUUCUAAAACUGUUGAUAAAAAAGAAUUACUUUCAAUUGCUUCAGAACCUGCUGAAGACCAUUUUUUUUAUGUGGAGACAAUUGAUGAGUUACCCACAUUUAUUAGCAAACUUCAUAAAAAAACUUGUGAAGUAAAGAAAGGUAAAUGUCCAAUAUCUUUGCCGCCUUUCAAUUGUAAACCAAGAGAUGAGGACAAUUGUUUUGGUGAUAAUGAUUGCCCUGGAAAUGAUAAAUGUUGUUUUAAUGGAUGUAUUAAACAAUGCAAACCUCCUCUUCUAAAUUGUCUAACACCUGUUGAUGUAGCUCUUGCUUUUGAUUCCUCAAGUAGUGUUGGAGAGUUAGCUUAUGAAGAAAUGAAAAAAUUUGCUCAUCAAGUAGUAGAUAGCUUUUCUAUAUCCCAGCAAAAUGCUCGGUUUGCUGCUCUUGUUUAUGGCAGUAAUGCUAGUGUUGAAUUUAAUUUUGUUCGAUAUGAUUCUGCUCUGGAAAUUAAACAGGCUAUUCAAAGUUUGUCAUACCUAAAAUCAAACACUCGUAUCGACAAAGCUUUAGAGGUUGCUAAGUCUGAUUUGUUCAGUUUGCAAGGCAAAGUUCGUUCUCGCCGACCCAUGAUCCUAUAUGUGUUUUUUGAUGGUACUGUUACCAGAAGCAUGUCAGAUCUUGAAUCUGUAGUCCAACCUCUCAAAGAUUACGGCGUAAAAAUUAUUGCUAUUGGCGUAGGACCUGAAGUUAACCGUUAUCAGUUGAAGAAAAUUUCUGAAGAUAAUGCUAUAUUUUCAGGAAAAAGCUUUAAAGAGCUUGCUCCAUUGUUGUAUUCUAUUGUUGAACAAUCUUGCAGUGAAAAGUCUGGUAAAUGCAGUGCAGUUGAAUCAGAAGACAAAGAACUUUGUGCUGGAGUAAUAGAUGAAUGCAGCAAUGAUUUUGAUUGUUUUGGAGAGGCCAAAUGUUGUAAAAAAGGAUGCAAAAAAAGCUGCAUUCCUAAAGCUGGAGUUUGUCCACGCAAAGUUGAUGUUGCAUUUGCGCUUCAUUUAAACAUGGAUGCAGAUGAUUUUGACAUAGCACAGUUUUUCCUUAAAUCUGCUAUAGAUAGAUUUAAAAUUAGUACUAAUGGUGCUCAUGCUGCUCUAUUAACAUUUGGACAAGAAACGGAUGUCAUUUUUGACUUUAAAUCUGGGCAGACUUCUAAUGAUGAUUUAAAAUCCUUAAUUGGUAAUAUAAAAUUUACAAGAGGGAAAGGCAAUUUAGAAGAUGUUUUGGCAAAAAUGUGUGAUGCUAUUUUUUGUGUAGCAGGUGGAACAAGAGAUGCUGUCCCUAAGUUACUUUACUUGAUUGUUGGUGAAACUGCUUCAGGUGAUCCUAUCGAGUUAGAAAAUCGUAUUCAAACAUUGCGGUCUCGUGGUGUUGAUGUUAUUGUUUUGGCAGUUGGAGACAAUCUUAAUCUCCCAUUACUACAAUCUCUUACUAGUACUGAACCAUUUUCUGAAAGUCGUGUUUGGUUAUCCAGAGAAUAUAUUGACACUAUGCAAUACCUCCAAGAUAUUGCAGACUUUGCUUGUGGUGAAGCUGGUGAACUACCUCCAGUUGGGCCUCUAGUCGAAAAGACUUGUGGUGGGAGCACACCAAAUGUUUGCUAUAGAGGACCUAAAGGAUCAAGGGGUCGACCAGGACCAGUCGGACAACGCGGAGAACCAGGAGUAGAGGGAAUUACUGGUCCAAAAGGAAUUGAUGGUCCGAAAGGUAUUAAGGGUGAAGAUGGAGUUUUAGGACCAAAAGGGAAUCGAGGAGAAACUGGUUUACCUGGUUUGCCAGGUUUUCCUGGUUAUGAUGGAAUUCCGGGAGUUCCUGGCAUAGAAGGAAGAAUGGGAGAAUAUGGUGAUUGUGGUUUACCUGGAACACCUGGAGAGGUUGGACCACCUGGAUUAGAUGGUUUUAAUGGUUCACCUGGGAGACAAGGUCCUGCUGGAGAAAAAGGAAAAAAGGGUCCUGAUGCUCCUUUUGAUCCUAAUUUGAAAAUUUUCCCUGGAGAUAAAGGAAGUCAAGGUGAAGCAGGUCCUGUUGGAUUUAAGGGAAUGCGUGGAAUUGAUGGACCAAAGGGAGACAUGGGAGAUAACGGUGUAGAUGGUGCUCAAGGAUUAAAAGGAGAAGAAGGAGAAAUAGGAGAAACGGGUAAUUUCAUAAAUGUGAAAGGACAGAAAGGUUACAGGGGAUCUCCUGGUCCACCAGGUCCAUUAUUUGAAGCAGGAACUAGUACAGAUGGAGAAGGCAUGGCUGGAGAUGUUGGUCCUGAUGGCUCAAUUGGAGAUAAAGGUUUACCUGGUGAAAGAGGUGAAUCUUCUGAAGAAACUGGAAGAAAGGGUCAGCCAGGAGCUCAGGGUGAUCAAGGUGAAGCUGGACCAUCUGGACCGCCUGGUCCAAAAGGUGUAAAAGGCCUCAAAGGUGAAACGGGAAGGCUAGGAAACUCUGGUGAGAAAGGAGAAAAAGGAAAAGAUGGUCAGCAAGGGAUAAAAGGAGAAAAGGGUAAUGCUGGAGAAACAGGAGAUAAAGGUAAAACUGGUCCGCAAGGGUUUGAUGGAAAGGCUGUCCCUGGAGCAAAAGGUCAACCUGGUGAAAAUAGUAAUGAAAUAGGAAAUCCUGGUCAAUCUGGAUCUGCAGGCAACCAAGGUCCUCCUGGUAAAAAAGGUCAAGUUGGUCAAAUAGGUCAACAAGGAGUUGUAGGAGAUCGCGGGUCUGUUGGACCAAGAGGGCCAAAAGGCUCUACCGGAGCUGCUGGAUCCCAAGGUCCUCCAGGUGAUGUUGGACCGAAUGGCCCGAAAGGUUAUCAAGGUGCAAAAGGUGAUGAAGGAAGAAAUGGAGACUUGAUCCCGGGAAAAAAUGGCAUCAUAGGAUCACCUGGAGAAAAAGGUGUCCAAGGACCACAAGGUGUUAUGGGUCCAAAAGGUCCUAAAGGCAGUUUGUCUACUUUAACCUGUCUUGAAGGAAAAUGUCCUAAAGGAGAAAAAGGUGUUAGAGGACCUCGAGGAAAUGUUGGAGAUAUUGGUCCACAAGGUGUAAAUGGGUCAAAAGGCCCUAAAGGAUUCCCAGGUGAUCAGUGCCCUGUAUGUCCUCCUGGUGAUCAAGGACCCCCUGGUGAAACAGGUUCAUUUGGUAGUCCAGGUAAAGUUGGAGAUAAAGGUGAUCUAGGAGAAGUUGGUCCUGUUGGUCAAAAAGGAAAAAAAGGUCCACCUGGAGCUGUUGGUAUGGCAGGGUUGAAGGGUAAGAAAGGAGUUCUUGGUAGUAUUGGACCAAUAGGAGAUAAUGGAGAUACUGGUCCUGGGACAAGUUUAGCUCCAAAAGGUGAACGUGGGCUGAAUGGGGCUGAUGGUAAACAAGGUAAUCGUGGGCCACCUGGUGAUAAUGGUGACAAAGGCUUUAAAGGUCAGUCUGGAGCGCCAGGAAAAAGAGGAAUUGAUGGUAAAAAGGGUGCUAUUGGGUUAACUGGUGAAACUGGAUUAGAUGGUGGGCGUGGAAUACCUGGAAGUCCUGGUGACCCAGGUGAUGGAGAAAUGGGUUUAGCAGGAGAGGUAGGAAGUGAUGGACGUAUUGGAGAUCAAGGACCAAUUGGGGAUCCGGGUCCUGAUGGUCCUGUUGGUGAACCAGGAGCUGGUCCAACAGAAGAAGAAUUAAAAGAGUUAUCAAAAAGCACUGUUGGUGAAAAAGGAAUUAAAGGAGAAAAAGGGGAUCAGGGUGUAGUAGGACCUAAAGGUGUAGUUGGAAUAAAAGGUCAGAGAGGUUCUAAAGGAGUUCAUGGUGAUGAUGGCCCAAAAGGUUUUGGGGGCAUAACUGGUGAUAAAGGAGAAUCUGGAAAAAAUGGCACUGAUGGCAAACCAGGGUCAUCAGGGCUCCCUGGGCAGCAAGGUAGAAAAGGUGAACCUGGAGAAGUUGGACUCCGUGGUCCUGAUGGUGUUACAGAGCGUGGAGAAAAAGGUAAAGAAGGAGAACCUGGUAUGCCUGGAAAGGAUGGUGAAGAUGCUCCUCCUCCACCUGGAUGUUUCACAUUUGGUGAUCCUACAGAUAUUGCUUUUAUACUCGAUUCAUCACGAAGUGUCACUAGGGAUCAUUUUAAUCGCCAGAAAGAAUUUGUCAAAACAAUUCUUGGUGAAUUUCCUCUUGGUGAAGAGCUAACACAAGCUGGUAUAAUCAAAUACGGUCGCACAGCUGACAUAGAAAUUAACUUUGGAGAGUUCCUUACACAAACAGACCUUUUUAAUGCAAUUGACAAAAUAAAGCACUCACAAGCAGAUGAAUCUCGUUUGGAUCUUGCAUUAAAAAAAGCUCACGAAGAGUUAUUUACAUCUCAAGGAGCACGCAGUGAUAAAGAUAUAGAAAAGGCUAUAGUUAUACUUGGUGAUGGAUAUAUUAGCGGUGGAGGAAAUAGAUCAAGAGAUCUUAUUGAAAGUGCUAAAAAAGAAGCUGCUAAGUUAAGGGAACUAGGUGUACUAAUAUUCACUAUUGGUGUUGGAGCUGAACCUAAUUCAUUGCUUCUUCAAAAUUUUGCAUCUAAAAAAACAUACUAUAUAACUGUUAAAGAUUAUGGCCAGCUUAUUGGAAAAAUUGGCGCUCUGAAGACUUCAAUUUCAUCAGCUUGCAAUGUUGUUACUCCUGGUGAACCUGGUCGAGAUGGUAGACCUGGAGAAAAAGGUCUUGUUGGAGAGAAGGGUAAAAAAGGUAAUGAUGGCAUCUCACCAAAAGGUUUACAAGGACCUAAAGGUAUUAAAGGAGAGAAAGGAAGUUUAGGUGUUGGAAUUAAAGGUUUGCCUGGAGAUGAAGGGCCUGUUGGUCCUAUUGGAGAAAAUGGAAUUCCUGGUAAAGAUGGCGUGUCUGUAGAUGGUGCUCCAGGUCUUAAAGGAGCUCGUGGAGAACCAGGUGAUGGUAUCAAAGGAAUGAAAGGAUUACGUGGAAAAGUUGGUGAUGUUGGUUUACCUGGUGUUGAUUCAAAGCAAAUAUUAUGUGAUAAGGUUUUACAAACAGACAUGCUGUUUUUAUUGGAUUCUUCAGGAAGUGUAGGUGAUGAAAACUUUGAUAAAAUGAAGGAGUUUGUAAAGAGCAUUGUUUUAAAUUUUGAUGUUGAUAAUCAGUUGACACGUAUUGGUAUAAUAAGAUUUGAUUCUGAUGCUGAAAUUAUUAUCCAAUUAUCAGAUCAUAAAACUUUAAAGGAUUUAUUAAAUGAUAUCGAUAGUAUACGUUAUAAUGAAGGAAUCCAAACUCGUAUUGAUAAAGCAUUAGAGCGAGCGAUGGAAGCAUUUUCUGAGAAAAAUGGUGGUAGAGCUGAUGCAACCAAGGCACUUGUAUUGUUAGCAGAUGGCCAAAAUUCAUUCAUUGAAGGUUCACAAGAUUUAAAUGAAGAAUUAAAGCCUUUAAUUGAUGCUAAGGUUUUUCGUUAUGUAAUUGGUAUUGGUCGUGAACUGGAUUUAAAAGAGCUUGAAGAUAUUGCAACUAAUAAUAUUGCUAUUUAUGCUGAUAGUUUUGAUGAGUUAAAGUUUAAGGUUGAUGAGCAAAUAAGUCGAAUAGCUGAGCGUGGUUGCCAAGGUCCACCUGGUCCACCUGGAAAAAAUGGUGCUCCAGGAAGAGAUGGAAAACCUGGUACAGAUGGACUAGCAGGUAUAAGUCCUCAAGGUGAACAAGGGUCACCCGGAAGAAAAGGUUCUAAAGGUAUACAAGGAGAUGCAGUUGGUGAUGGAACUGAAGGAGAAAAAGGUGAUAUUGGUGAUGAAGGUCCAAUAGGUUUUCCAGGUUGCACCAAUGAAAUAGGAGAAAUCAAUGAUAUCCCAACUGAUAUAGCUUUUGCUCUUGAUGCAUCUGCUUCAUUUUAUGAGGAAGGUUUUCAACAAGAGAAAGAUUUCAUUAAAAGUGUCAUUGAUAAAAUUGAGCUCUCAAGCUCUGGUGUUCGAGUUGGUGUUCUCACUUACAGUGAUGAAGCUAAAAUAAGAAUUCGUUUUGAUUACUCCUUUGACAAAGAAGACGUUAAAAAAGCAAUUGACAACAUUCCAUAUGAUAGCAUGGGAACAAGAAUAGAUUUAGGUUUAGAAGCGGCUAAGGAAUUAUUUUUAGAAAAGAGUGGUGGAAGAGGAAGCUCCAAAAAGGUUUUGAUAUUGCUCACUGAUGGUCAGCAAACUUAUAUUCCUGAUGCUAAAGAUCCUGUUGACUAUGCAAAAGAGUUAGCUGAAUAUGGAGUUGACAUAUUUGCGAUAGGGAUUGGAGAUGAAAUUAACAAAGUUGAUUUAGAGGAUUUAAUAUCAAAGCCUCAACAUAUUUUCCUUUCAGAUGAUAUAAACAGCUUGAUUACAGAUUUGAGUAAAGAUAUUUCGACUGCUUUAUCUUGUGAAGGUGGUCCUCGUGGUCCGCCUGGUCAACCUGGCGACGAUGGUCCUCCAGGAAGUAUUGGUCCUGUUGGUGAAGUUGGAAGACGUGGUUUGAAAGGAGACAGAGGAGAUCCAGGUUUAGGACCUAAAGGUGAUAAAGGAGAACCAGGAUUAACAAAUAAAGAAGGAGACAAAGGAGAUAGAGGAUAUAGAGGUCAUGAUGGACCUAAUGGUGCACCAGGACUUCAUGGACCUAAAGGAUUACCUGGACCAAAAGGUGCUCAAGGAGACCCCGGGUUUCAAGGAAUUGAUGGAAACAAAGGACAAAAAGGAUCAAUGGGCGCAAAAGGUCCCAAAGGUAGUUCGACUGAACAAGUUGGAGCAAAAGGAGUUUCAGGUGAUAAAGGAGAUAAAGGAGCUGUUGGUGAGCCAGGUAAAUUACCCCCUGGUUCUAAAUUUGAAGACCUUGAUGGGCCAAAAGGUCCUAUUGGUCCAAAAGGUGAAGUAGGUGGUCCUGGAAAACCAGGUAAAUUUCUUAUUGCACCUGGUCAAAUUGGUUUAGCUGGUUUAAAAGGUGAUAAAGGAGAAUCUGGUAAAUUUGGAGAUAUUGGAUAUGAAGGAGAUGCUGGAACAAAGGGAACCAAAGGAGAACAAGGCGAUAUGGGUAAAAGAGGAAUGUUAGGGGAUGAUGGUCCUAUAGGUAAUGUGGGUGAGAUUGGAGAUGUUGGUGAUGAAGGUGACCAAGGCAUUAGUUUAAAAGGCGAACAAGGUGAACAAGGCAUUCCAGGUGAAAGAGGUUCACAAGGACUAAAAGGAGAAGAUGGUUUACCAGGUUUCUUUGGAAUGCCUGGACCAAGAGGUGAUAAAGGAGAACAAGGACCUCCAGGUAAACAACAAACAUUAGAUCAAACAAUUCAGUUUAAAGCAUCUAAAGGUAUUAGAGGAGAAAAGGGAUAUACAGGUGACUUUGGUCUGCAAGGAGAAACUGGUGAACCUGGAGUGGCAGUUGGAGCUCAAGGUCAAAGGGGUGAUAAAGGACUUGAAGGACCAAAAGGUGAAACCGGAGAGCAAGGAGUACAAGGAGACGAAGGACUCAAAGGGUUACCUGGCAAACUUGGACCAAAAGGACAAAUUGGAGACAUAGGGGAACGUGGAGAUCGAGGCCCAAAAGGACCUGUUGGUGAUGUAGGUGAAAGAAUUGGAGGAUCAGAAAAGGGAGACCUUGGAAGUAUUGGUUUGAUGGGUCUAAGUGGAAGAAAAGGCACAAAGGCAGAAAGAGGCGAUAAAGGUAUUAAAGGAAAAGUUGGUUCUCAAGGUCCGAAAGGAAUAAGAGGUAGUCCAGGUUUUACGGGUCUUCCAGGCGAACCAGGUCCAUCUGGAAAAAGCGGACAAACAGGCCCGUCAGGAGAUAAAGGUGAGACUGGGGAUGAAGGAAAACCCGGACCUGUUGGAUCAAAUGGUGUUGCUGAAGGUUUCUACAUUGUUCGUCAUUCACUGAGCAAUAUUGUUCCAUCAUGCCCUCGUAAUUAUAAGAUGUUAUGGAGUGGUUAUUCUUUGGUGUAUACUGUAGGUAAUGGCCAAGCACACGCACAAGACCUUGGUACAGCAGGAUCUUGUGUGAAAUCAUUUAGCAAGUUACCUUUCUUGUUCUGCGGUAUAAGUGGCAAGUGUAAAUACGCAUCAAGAAACGACUUCGUUUAUUGGCUUUCAGGAUCCGAAAAUGAGCCUAAAACAUUUGUGAAAAGUUCAGCUGUAGAACCUUAUAUCAGUCGAUGUGUAGUGUGCGAGACACCCUCCAUUCAUAUUGCUGUUCACAGUCAAGAUAGAUAUCGACCCGAUUGUCCUGCUAACUGGGAAGCGUUAUGGGAGGGUUAUAGCUUUUUAAUGGUUGCUGCAGCAGGUAACACAGGAGCAGGUCAAUCACUUUCUUCUGCCGGCUCGUGUUUAGAGACAUUUCGCCCUAAAACGAUAGUUGAGUGCCAAGGAUCUGGAGGAACCUGUAAUUUCUUUUCAGAUAAAUUUAGUUUUUGGUUGACAACUAUUGCUCCUGACAAGCAAUUUCAGACUGAAGAGUUAGAAAUUUUUGGAGAUGAUGACGAUUUACACAAGAGAGUAUCAACUUGUCAGGUUUGUAUUCGCAAACUAAAAGGAAGCACCGGAAAUAUUAUUGAGCCACCGAACGGAUAACUCUUACCUAACGUUUUGUGUUUGAAUGUUUAUAUUUAGUGAUUAUAUUAGGUUAUUAUAAUAAUUGUUUUAAUUUUUGUCUAACAAUGGUUUAAAGUUGUUUUAAAUCUGUUGGAAAUUUCAUUUAAAAUCAGUUUUAAAUAUAUUUUAUAAAGCAAAAA